UCUCGGGAUGUUUCAGCCUCUCUUGCGUAGCCGCAGAACCAUGAAUUAUUCCGCAUCGGCGGUCGCCAACCCUAUUGAACCCGCGCGGCAGGCGGGAAAUGUCUGGACCCACCCCAGUUGCCCGACAGAUUUUUCUUGGCCGGACUGGGGUAGCAUCGAAAUCCCUUUUGUAAAGAUUUCUUCCUUCAUUAACCUGUGUUAUUGGUCAAUGCUGGUCAUACCGUGUCAAUUCACUCACUAGGGCCGAAAUAUUUUAUCAGAUUUGACAUUGAGCCGAGGCGGCCCAGCAGCACUACAACUUGUCCAUCAUGAGUGACGAGGAGUCAUACGGUACUGACAGAAAGGGAAUGUUCGAUGAACCCCUUAAGAACAAUGACGAGAAGCCUCUGUCCGCAAAGGAUUUGGAGCCUUUUGGCAAUGAAGAGACUGCGGAGGUCAAAUAUCGAACGAUGAAGUGGUGGCACUGCGGCAUGCGUGAGUGUUCAAAAACGAAUGAGCCUUAGUCUAAUGGGAUGAAAUUAAGUGCUAAUUAUCUGAACAGUCAUGAUCGCGGAAAAUGUCUCCGUCGGAAUUUUGUCGCUCCCCUCUGCGGUUGCAACUCUAGGCAUGGUACCUGCUGCAAUUAUGAUUCUCUUCAUCUCUGCUCUUUCCUGGUAUACUGGCUAUGCCAUUGGCCAGUUCAAGCUCCGUCACCCCCAUAUCCACAGCAUGGGAGACGCUGGCGAACUCUUGAUGGGUCGCGUCGGUCGUGAGGUUCUUGGAAUCGGUCAGCUUCUGCUGCUUAUCUUCCUCAUGGCUAGCAACAUCUUGACUUUCAACAUCUUGAUGAACGUACUGACCGAUCACGGUACCUGUACCCUCGUCUUCGGCGUGGUCGGCCUUGUGAUCUGUUUCCUUGGAGCCUUGCCUCGCACUAUGGAGAAGGUUUACUGGAUGUCCGUCAUUUCUUUCGUGAGCGUUUUGGUCGCUACCAUCAUCACUAUGAUUACCGCCGGUGUGGAAGCCAAGGAACACGUGGUGAACGAGGUGGUUACGGAUGUUUCUUUCCGCGAAGGCUUCUUGGCUGUCACCAACAUCAUCUUCGCCUACCUCGCCCAUGUUGCCUAUUUCGGCUUCAUGUCAGAGACGGAGGACCCGCGCACCUUCAACAAGUCGCUCGCGAUGCUUCAGAUUAUUGACACUGUUCUGUACCUUGUCAGUGCUUUGCUGAUCUACCACUACAUUGGACCCAACGUCCAGUCGCCUGCCAUCUCGUCCCUCAGCCCCAUCAUGAGCAAGGUUGCCUGGGGUAUUGCUAUUCCUACCACUAUUCUAUCUGGUGUCGUCCUGGGUCACGUUGCUUGCAAGUACAUCUACGUGCGUUUGUUCCGUGGCUCCGACGAGAUGCACAGCCGCAGUCUACUCUCCAUCGGAUCUUGGGUCGCCAUCUGCAUCGGUGUCUGGAUCAUUUCCUGGGUCGUUGCAGAGUCGAUUCCCGUCUUCAACGAUCUCCUGAGUCUCAUCAGUGCCCUGUUUGGAAGUUGGUUCAGUUUCGGUCUGCCUGCCGUCUUCUGGCUCCAUAUGAACAAGGGCCAAUACUUCCGCAACUGGAAGAAAACAGUUCUGACGAUUACGAAUGUUCUGAUUUUCCUUAUUUCUUGCGCUAUCUGUGGAUUGGGUCUCUACGUGUCCGGUGUUGCGAUCCACGGCGAUUCAGGCUCCAGUAGCUGGUCCUGUGCUAACAGUGCCUGAACGACUAAGAAGCUUUGCAUUUUUGAAUGGCGGCGGUGGAUGUCCUUCUAGCACGGCAUGACGAGAUUGAACAUGUGGGUAUUAUAGAACGUAUAUUUAAAUAGAAUUAGAUUGUGUAUAUAAUCAUCAACGAC